CAACGCACGUUCCAACAGCCGCUCUUUCAACAAUCCACUUGACACUGUGAGCUUAAUAUUCCAAUCGUUAUUUUAACUCGACAAUCCAGAAAAGACUCGUCUUCUCCCUCCGGAAUUUAUGAUUAUUUUAUUUUCCUCUCGUGAAGUGGCUCGAGGAAAUUUCCAGAGUGGAAUUCCCAGGUCUGGAGAUUCCAUCGGAGGAUAAAAUAAAAUAUCAGAGAUUCUGGGUUAUGAGGAGGGAGAGGGAGUGAAAUAUGAAGGGGGAGAGGGCUGUUAGUAAUUCGGACCAUGUGGCGUCUUCCAACUACUUGGAGAACAUGGAGACAGAUGGCUUUGGGGUUGAGGCGGAAUUGACGAGUCUCUCGUGGCUGCAGUCACUGGACAUUACUAGUGCGUCAAGCCUACCUACGCCACCAUGUUCACCAUCGCCACCACCACCGGUCGUCCGACGACCGCCGAAGAAAAUGUCACCACUUCUCAAAGCUGAAAUCGACCUGGCUGAGAAUGCUGAGAAAUAUCAGACAGAUCCAGAUGCUAAGCCACCGUUUUCCUACGCAACUUUAAUCUGCCUCGCCAUGCGGGCUCACAACAACAAACUCACCCUCUCCAAUAUUUAUGCGUGGAUAAGAGAGCACUUCAUGUAUUAUAGGAAUGCUGAUCCGGCGUGGCAGAAUUCAAUCCGACACAAUUUAUCCCUCAAUAAGUGUUUCGUGAAACUGCCGCGAUCGAAGGAUGAGCCUGGCAAAGGUGGCUUCUGGAAGCUGGAUCUGGAGAGAUUAGAGGAGGGUAAGAGGACCAGAAGACGACCCGCAACAUCGCGCUACAGUCGCCCGAGGAAAAACGAGAGUGAACCCGCUCCCGCGAAGAACUCCAACCCAACACUGUACGAGACACCCCCGAGCAGCGUUUCCCCACCGAUUCCGGACAGCCUACCGGAGGUGCCUGAAUCCACUCAAGUGAGCUUAACGGAGGACGACCUCACGGGUCUGCUCAUCGCGACUGUCGGAUGGGACGAGAACCAGCUCGAUCUCCUCGAUUCCCUCCUGGACUCUUUGUAAAUUCUUUUUGAGGAACACUAUUUCGUCUUUUCGAGUGAUUGAAGGAACAUUGGAGGCUCAUUAACCCAAAGAUUAAUAUUACAUUAUCAGUAGUUUCAGACCAAUCAGCGUGAUGCCUAGGAAAUUUACGUCCUACUUUAACUGUUCUUUCGAUAAGUUGAAUAUUUUUUGACAUUUGACAAUUCAGAGAAUGCAUUCGAAAUGUGCCUUUGAAAUUGGAAAAAUUGUAGAUUAUUGUUGAAAUAGAUAUAUAUCUCAGUAGCGAAGUGACCAAUAAUUUCACAUUCAACCAUUUUGUGAUUGUUAAAUCAUUUGAUUAAUUAAUUUAAUUAUAAAAUGUCGAUUAAUGCAGUAGUGAAGUUGGCAAACGGUUCAAGUCAAUUCCAUUCUAGCGCCAGUUCUCGAUGCACAUCUUAAAUUCUAAAAGAGUUAGGAAAAUUUUCCUGAAAAUCUUUUUUGUAAAGAAAAUCGAAGACUACACUGAGAGAAAAACGACAAUGUUCUCAAACAAGUGUUACUUGCGCCAAGAAAAUAUUUUUUUGAAAAUUAUCAAAAAAGGUUUUUUUGUGCCAAACAUGCAG